AUGGCUGAUGAAUUGUGCAAUGAUGAAGCUCUGACAAGUGUUGAAAAUAUGUACCAAGUGACUAUGUUAGAAAUCAUUGACAGAGUGAUUACAGAACUUAGUGUCAGAUUUGAAUCUUUGAAUAAUGUAAACAAAAAGAGACCAAGAAUGAAAAGAAAAAUGGCUGAUGAAUUGUGCAAUGAUGAAGCUCUGACAAGUGUUGAAAAUAUGUACCAAGUGACUAUGUUAGAAAUCAUUGACAGAGUGAUUACAGAACUUAGUGUCAGAUUUGAAUCUUUGAAUAAUGUAAACAGUAUGUUUGGGUUUUUGAGUGGUGUUAAAAUUGAAGAAAUGCAGAUCUAA